CCCCCCCAUCCAGUCCCGUCCGAUAAAUCAAGGAUUGGAAAAGGGCAAAUUAAACAAUUUCCCCUACCGAGAAUUUUCUUUUGUUUAUCGCCAUUGCUUUCGUUAUUAUUCAUUAGCUGUACAGGUUUAAACAUCAUUUAAGCAAUCAUUCUCAUAUCUAUAACAAAAUUCAGUAUCUAAAAUAUAAUCCUCAAGACAGCAUAUGCUAUGUACAACAUGGUUUAUACUCUAGGAGUCUUUUUGAUGAACGACUGAAUUGGAAUCUCGAGAAACCUUCAUGACUAUGGAAACUAAACUCAUUACUCAUUUGCGCGGCAGCCGUUGACAGGCAGUUUACGCUGUCACUGUAUUAGACAUGAUUUAGACAUUUUCUUAAUUUAAAAUGUGACAGGUAACAUUACGGCAUCAAAACUGAUGAAUUCUUAACUGAGCUCGGAUUGUAGCGUUGAACAUUCUGUGUUCUCACUGACUCGUCUUGUGAUGCACGACCAACAAAUAACAAGAACAAGAAAAGUUAACGACUCUUUGCCAUGUUUCAAGCCGAGCUAUAAAUCAACCCAGCCACCUGUCGCUACUUCAAUUCAUCUGGCGCAGCAGUGACAUUUUCGAACACUGUCUGCUGACAGUUUACGUCCUGAUGUUAAGAUAUGAAAUGAAAAACAAUUUCUGGCGCUAGCUGAUAGGCCAGGUAUUUUUUGUUAGGCUGCAUACAAAUUAGGAAACCCUAAUUAUUGUUGCAGGUAGACGGUGGAAAGCCAAAACACAGAUCUGCCUAUCAUCAUUUAACUUGUUGUGAAAAUUUUAUUUUACGCUAAUUACUUUCACGCUAAAGAGGACAUCAAAACAGCAAUUACACUGCCUUAAAGGUGGAACAUAAAUAGAGUGACGUUACCGAGUGAAGACCACCAUAAAAAGAUGUGAGCAUAAGAGUGAAAAAAGAAACUGAACGACCAUGUCGGAAAACUUGAACACAACCAUGAAUGGAACACAGCCAUCGAGCUGCCCCAGCAAUCCUACAGCAGAAACAAUCGGAAAAACCGUCGCUUACUGCCUGAUUUUUCUUGUCUCGCUGGCUGGGAACACCGUCAUCGGAAUAAUUGUCUACAAGAAGAAAACCAUGAGAAAACCCAUCAACUUCUUAAUCGUAAACAUGGCCAUGUCCGAUAUGACAUAUCCGAUUUUCUUAAUCCCUCAUCAGAUACAAAAGCUCUACAUAGACUCCUGGCUGAUCGGUGGUCCUCUUGGCCAGGCCUUGUGUAAGCUUGUUUACUCGUUAUCAGAUGUAUCCUACAUUGUGUCUAUUCAGAGCCUGGUUCUGAUAGCAGUGGAUCGAUUUGGAGCUGUGGUAUAUCCCCUCCGUUACCCACUCAUCAGUUCAAAGCUGUGCCCAUUCUUAAUUCUCGCCACUUGGAUCGUCGCGUUCGCUUCCCAGUCCCCAUAUCCCGUCGCCAUGCAGCUUUUGGAAUCUCCAGAAGGGUUGUCGUGUGCACUGCAUUGGAAAGAAGCCUUUGGAGAGUCCUCAUUCCAGGAGAAUUACUUCGUGGCCAUUACCGCUGUAUUCGUUUUCAUCCCGUUGGUGUUGAUAGCCACACUUUACAUUAGCAUCUAUAUAAAGCUCAAAUCCCAAAAGAUUCCAGGCGAGCAAUCGGCCAACGCUGGACAACAACGCCAGCAAAGGGAACGAAAUGUGUUAAAGUUGGCUCUUGCUAUUGUGUUAGGGUUUGCAGUAUCGCUGGUGCCGGCCGCUAUCGGCCUGCUACUACUCUUCUUUGGACCGGACAUCGUGAUAAGCUCUUGUGGCUUCCGAUACUUUAUGAUCGUUACCUUUUUUAUGGGUAACGCAAAUUGUGCCAUAAAUCCUUGCAUCUGUUUCAUUUUCGGUAGAAAUUAUCGUGAAGGACUUAAGACUCUCCUUGGAUCGACGAAUGAUAUUUGAGCAGCGCAGAAACUGAUGAUAUUUAAUUUCUGUGAAGUUGAAAGGGUCAGUCGACCGGAAGCGUUUAAAAAUGUUAAUUUAAAAUUGUUCAACAUUUCAGUUCGGCGCAUUCUAAAGAACCUUAGAAGAAUGGUUUAAAACACUUUCUUUAUUUCUUUAGACAUUGAGCUUACAGUUACUUUGUAGUCCCGUUUUUCAUAAUUCAUCUCAAUUUCAGUGAAACAAAUGAAACGCCCUCGUCGCUCUUUUACUCGUAUUGGCACCGUUCUCUAUGUAUGGCUAGUACUGUACAAUAUUUAUAAGCUGCAUAGGAGUAGCAAACAACCCAGGUCUGCACCUAAUUCUCAAGACAGGGUAGUACAUCUUUCCAAAGUUGUAGAAUACUAAUUUUUUUACGAUAUGUAGAUCUCCAUAAUUAUCAUAAUCCUAUCAUAGUUACAUGCUUGUGUCAGCGGACUUUCUAACGCAUAUAACAUGACGUACCUACCAUAUGAGGUAGAACGUCCGCUGACAUAAUUCAAUUCAGUUAGUCUUUACCGUUAGCGGAGUCAAUUAAGCUUCGAAACAUUAUUAUUCAAUGGCACGAUCUUAGUGGAUUGUUGGAAUGGGAAUAACACUUGCAUGUUGUUAUCACGUGUAGUGUCCUGAAUUUUUGGCCAACUGAGAAAAUUUCCAUCUAAGACACGUACUUCUGUACUAUAGAUUAUCAAUGUAAUAUGUUCAUCAGCUGUUCAUUUAUAAGCGCAGUAUCUGAAUGGAAAGUCUGAACAGGAAGCUUCUAUCAAUCACUUGCAUGUUGUAGUCACUGACGUGCACUGUCCGAAAGCUUCCACCAGCUGAGGAAGUUUCUAUUCCUUGGUUAACCAUGCUCUAGAAAUUUAUCGGAUGGCCUGAGCUCGCACUUUCCUUCGUCUCCGAUAAAUCAGGUCAGGCUGGCCUUUGGUAUGUCCCUUCAACAUGGCCUUACGACUGAGAAGAAUUUGUUCAACAGAUGAGAACUCACCUUAUUGAGAGAGGAUAUGAUCUUCGGCUUCGUUAAAGACGAAAUAGAGAAAGUACGUCAGAUUCCUCCCAGUAGAGCACUCGAAACAUCCAUCAAAAAAGAGUCCCACAGAAUUCCAUUUGCAGUAACAUUUAAUCCAGCCCUACCGAAUAUACGUCAAGUCAUUUCCAGCAGCUUUAACAUUGUUCGUUCUUCACAGCGAUGCCUAGCAGCAUUUUCUUCUCUUCCUCGUAUAUCAUACCGCCGUUGCAAAAACCUACGUGACUUACUGAUCAGGGCCAAACACCGCAGACAACCCCAGCCCCCUCCCCCUCCCCCCCGGUUCCGGGAGCUUUCCAUUGUCACAGAGAUAGGUGAAAAACGUGUCCUUUCAUUACUGAGGGAACCACGUCUUACACUUUUUUCUCUACCAACGAACAAAGACGUAUACCGUGACAUCACAUCACCUGCUCUUCCUCUAAUCUCGUUUGUAUGAUAUAGCGCAACAAAUGCAACGUUCAAUACAUAGGCGAGACUGAACGCCAUCUCAGCGCAGUCUCAGCGACAGAUCUGGUGAGCACAGACGGGCAAUCGAAAAAGCCAUCGUACAAAGACACCUUGAUCAAACCACCGCCGUUUCAGAUCACCUUACCCUUC